AUGAAGCUAUUCAUCUCGUCCAUUCUUAGCAUUGGCUGCCUUGCCAAGAUCGCCAAUGCGAGUCUCGGGGCCCUGAACAACCCUGGUUUAUUUCCCUUUGUUUUUAAUGGAGUCGCUGUGUUCAAUUAUCCCAAUUGGACCACCCAACAGCCCCGAGAUAGCAUCAAAGAAGGCGAGAACUUCUUUUGCUAUGCUACUGAGACCGGCUACUUGAGUUUUGGCUGCUACUCACAUUGCCGCCCCGAUUCACCCGACUUCGUUUGUGAUGCCAACCUCGCGCUUCCAGAGUUAGGUACUCUGAGUACAUUUUACCGCGAUGAGGAGCAGGGGGCCUCAGCAAUAUCUGUCCGCCGCAGGAGACGGUCAAAACUUCAUGGUGGCGUUGGGGUCAGCUUCCGAUGGAUGGGGGAUGUGAUAGCGAAUUAA